CGAUACUGAUUUCAUAGUUAAUCAUAGACCGCUUCGAUACCGAAACGGAUAUAUUCGCUAAAAGUUCCGCAAGGUGUAGUCGGAUUUUCGACAUCGAUAUCGUGCAGUUUUUGAUUCGACGUGACUCAAAUAGAGGUGCAGCAAAAAUGCAGGGUCUUCAUCGUCUUUUUGUGAUAACCAUAUUGGUUGUAUUAUUAAUUAUUCAUUCAGGUGACGCAAUCAAAUGUUAUAAAUGUACGUCGGAGACAAGCAAAACUUGCGAAAAAGCACCGACCAAAAACGAAACGGAAGAGUGUUAUGAUCCUGUCUUAAAAAAUAAUUGUAUAACAUAUGAAUAUGAUGUAAAGAACACUACUGCCAUCGGACGACGUUGUUUUAUUGCUGGACAAUGCAAGUCAAUUUUUAAAAAAUGCAUUCACGAAUGCAGUACAGAUUUAUGUAACGCUUCCACCAGCAACACAGUAUCAAUUGUCACAAUAAUAGUCUCGGGACUGAUCACACUGUUAUGGAAGAUUCAAUAAUCUUUUAUAGACGAUUCUUAUAUGUCAUUAAAAUCUGUAAUCUUGUUAUAUAUUAUAAUAUAACAUUUUUUUCCUUAUA